AGUAGUAUCUGUCAUUUUUAAUUCUGCCAAGGGCUGUAAAUAAUUCUGGAGCUUGAUUUCUUUGUAUAUAUUCCGAAAUUCUUUGUUAUUUCCAAUGAGCCAUCCCUUUGGAUCUGACGGCCCGCACUUCAGGCGAGCGCGUCAGCGGGACAGAUUUCCCAGUCUGAUCGACGGGUUGGGUGUCACUGGGGAUGGUCUGGUGUCCAAAAUGGGAAGCUCGAGCACCGCAGAUAUGGAAUCCCUGGUCAAGGAGGGUGGCUUAACAACUUCCCAGCCGGAAAAGCGAGCGGGCCAUCCAGCAUUGGACGCAAACGUACCGCCCCACAGGCUGUAUCUACGCUCCACAUCACGAGGAUUGCGUCGAGCCAUCGACAUCUUCCUGCCACGAUUUCAACCCGAUGGGAACUUAGUCUCCUCUGACGGAGAUCAGUUGUCUGAGGACAACGUGGAGUCCUCGUCCAACGCUCAAUCGAUAUCGGUGGCGCAAGAAACCAGUUUUUCACAGCUUCCUGCUGCCCCUCGGCAACUGGAUGAGAUUUGAUCUCAAACGAACUCCUUACUCUUGGGUCCAAAAAAAACGAACCACGAUUUCAGCUGUUCCUCUUUGAUUUAA